CUCAGUAUUUAAAAAAGACAGUAUGUAUAGGUAAGUUGUAUUCGUGAUGUGUCUCAGAAUUGUCAACAACGCGCAACUACCUGAAAAUAUAAAAAAGUGCAGAUUCGGGGAUAAUGAGUGCAUUAAAGGAAGCAUCAAUGAGCUGAUAAAGCUCUAUCCUAAUGGAAUACCCGAAUUAAAUAUUUCACCAUUUAACGACUUUCGACCGAGUGAUUUGCAACUUUGGGAUUCUCCUAAGGUUGGAGGAACUUGGAUAACAUUUAGAUUGACGAAUCAAGUAGUACGUGGCUGUGAAAAUGCAACUGUAACUCGUGUUAGUGGCUUUGCAGAGGACCCCGCAAAGUCCAAAAUACAAAUAGAGUUGAAUAUACCUAGAAUGAUUCAUAGAUCUCAAUAUGAAAUGGAUUUGCGAUGGCUUACAAUGGUUCAGACAAACACUACGGGACCUUGCUAUGCUGAGUUCCAGAAUGUCUCACUAGUUCUCAAUAUAAAAGUGAUUGUAAUGUAUAAAAUGGAAAAACGUUAUCUAAAGAUUUACGAGCUCGUGCCAGAAUUGGAUUUAGGCCGGUUCACUCUUAAAUUAGAUGGUCUUUAUAAAGAGAAUGAGGAUUUAACACAGGCUGUCAAUCGUGUGUACAAUGAAAACUGGAUUGAGCUUUGGAACGAUGUAGAACCCACUGUAAUUUCCAGUUAUGGACGACGAGGAGCUGAGUUGUUGGAUAAAAUAUUUGCCACUAUUUCAUAUGACGAUAUGUUUGUACGUAACUAAGGA